GUGUGUGUGUGUGUGUGUGGUGCUUUAACAGGACAGCUGUGUCAUCAACAACCGGCGUGGUUUUGUUGUUGUCUCAUCCGGGAGGCUACAGCCCGCCUCGGCGUAUAAACACCACCAAGGUGAACUUGUGACAACACGUCCCGUCAUCUCUGGCCUCCCUGAGUACCAUGAGCUCUGGCUCUGCCCAGGAUGUGGCAGUCGAGCAUUUCCUGCGGGACAUAGAGAGGCGGAGCAAGCGGCUACACUGCGCUGUGAUUGGCUGCGAGGUGGAGCGACCUCGCAGCGACAUGAACCUGCUGUAUCGCAAGAGCCGUUUGGACUGGAGGCAGAGGGACCAAGAUGGCAGCAAGAAAAGCUCCUCUCAAAACGACCCCUCGGCGACGGUCGGCAAAGUCCGAGACUUGGCCUCGUUCCGUCGCCACUUCAGAAUGGGCUUCAUGACCAUGCCGGCCUCCCAGGACCUUUCCCCUCACUCGUGUGCCUCAGCCAUGGCGCCGCGGUCGCAGUCCUGCCAUGCGGUCGGUGCCGGAGACGCAAGUCUUGAGAACGUAGAUUACUCUGACAGCCAAUCUCAACAUGGUGGCCGAUGCCCGCCGGCCAAACCCAAGCGUCACCCCAGCACUCGCCUCAGCUCCUCAUCUGUUGACAGCCGAGGACCUCCCGAGACGCCGCCGCCUCCCCCACCCUCCCACUCACAGUCCAAGCACUCGGAGAAGAAAAAUGCCAUGAAGAAGUCUGACUCUGGAGAUAUUGGCUCAAAAAAGGUACCUCCUUUAAAGCCUAAGAGAAGUCCCAGCACCCAACUCACCUUUGACACUCUUCCUUCACGCGUGCCUCCUUCUGCCGCGUCCCUCCCGUUUCAGGGAGCCGACUCUCAGAUCCAAAUGGGGGACGGGGAAGAAGAGCCCGUCUACAUCGAGAUGGUGGGUCAAGUGUUUACCAGAGAGAGCCAGACAGCCACACCCCACCCUGUCACCCCCGUAGCCACUACGCCCGAUUCAGACUCGGACCAAAGUGAGGCCAUCUAUGAGGAGAUGAAAUACCCAAUGCAAGAGAACCGAGAGUCACAUAGACACCUGCCUAGCAAACAUGAAAAAAUGAAAAGUUCGAAACAUUACCACGUUGCCCCCUCGCCCUCGAGUAGCUCUUCCUCACUGCCAAGACCCUCCUCUUCCUCUCCGUCCUAUUCCAAACCCAAAGCUACUGUCUCCAUUUCGCAUUCGUCCCCCUUGCCUUCCUCGGCUUCCUCUACCCCUGUUCCACAGACCAUGUCCACCAGUCCCCACACCCCACGAGCUCCUACACCCUACCUGCUGCAAGGAAGCAAAUGCGAUUCAGAGUCCAAUACAAAGAUCCCAGCCCCUUUUCCAAAUCUUCUCCAACAUCGGCCCCCGCUGCUGGCUUUCCCUCAACCAGCUGCAGCGUCCAGUGGCGUUAGCGUGCAGAACAAGGGUUCUGGAUCCUCUAAAAUGGGAACUCAAACGUCCAGCGUGACCACUCAAGCCGGCUCCUCAUCUUCAACCUCCUCCAAUGUUCCAGCAUCAGGCUCCAAAGAGCCAUCGGGAGGAAGUGUUACACCCCAGGAAAAACACAGUAGAGAUUCCCAGCUGGGACCCGCUCCCGGACUCAGAGCAAGAAGUCACUCAACGCCCCUGCCUCCUUCUUCCAAGUCGACGUCACCUUUCUCACAUCACCACCACCACCCUCAUCAUCGGCCGUCACACUACCAUCACUAUCGCAAGCCAGAGCGGGGAGAUUCUCCCGCCCCAACCAAAAGCGGCUGUCAGACUUCCUCGCAGGCCACCGUGCAGACCCAAACUUCAAGUACGUGCAAGGAAGGGAAGUCUGUCAGCUUUCUCCUCAAGAUGGACAAAGGAGAGAAGGACAAGGACAGAGACAAGGAUAGGGAUCGGGGUAGAGACAAGGACAGGGAGAGAGAUAAGGACAGGGACCGGGACGGAGGUCCGCAUUCUUUGCAGCUGGAUCUGUCCUCAAGUAGUCAAACCUCUCAAGGCAGCACCAGCUCGACCCCAACGCCCCUGUCCUCAUCCCAGCGUCCUCCAUCCCGUCCUCAUCUGCGCUCUCACACACCUCACAGCCUUCCAGCUUACAAGCCGCCAUCCUCCGACAGCCCCCUGCUGUGGACUUACCCCUCCGGAGGCUUUCGGAGACCGCCGGCUUACGAGAGCUUGAGAGGAAGCUCCCACACGCCGUCUCUGCAGCAGCCCUCCAGUCUCACCGGAGCUGGCGAGGGGCUAUCCAAGGGUAACGAGUCCAAAUCUGGCUUCAUGCCAUGGGACAGCAGUGCUAGCUUAGCUGCUGAUGAAGGCGCUUACUGGCCCAUGCAGAGGAAAUUAUCCUUCAGCCAUGGAAGCAGAGAAAGUGAAAAAGAAGAAGCACGGACUUGGAAUGGCAGCGCUGAUGCCUUAUUGAGGAUGGAUAAGGAAGAGUUUGCAGUGGUGCUGCGUAGGGGGCCUUCAAGCAUCCCAGUGCACUUCAGCAGCGCCACCAGCAGGACUCUUGGUCACAGUGAGUUAUUGGCGGGCGCAGACAGCAGCUCUGGAUUUAGAGCCCUGCACAGAGCUGGGAAGCCUCUUCCCUGCCAGACGUUUCCUGCCUGUCGCAAUGGAGAAGUGGGGCGGCUGGGCCGUUCCUCCUCUGCUGCUGGAAUGAGACAGGUAGGCGGAGGAGACGUUCAGAGGCAGAGCAGUCUACCAGCACGAGAAGCCUUGAACCAGCUGCACGGUCUGGCGCAGUUUCAAGCAUCCUGCAAGUCCAGCAGCCCCAGCAUGUCCCGCCAGCAGCAGCAGCUUCAGCUCCACCAGCAGCAGUUGCAGUUAAAGCAGCAGCUCCAGCAGCUCCAGCAACAGCACCACCUGCAGCUGCAGUUCCAACAGCUGGCCCAGCUGGCCCAGGGUCAGCCCGCCUCGGCCGGCGUCGGCUCCACCCCGUCCGCCAUGCAGACCCAGAGAGAUGGAAAGCUCCUGGAAGUCAUCGAGCGCAAGCGCUGCCUCUGCAAGGAGAUCAAGGCCCACCGGCGCCCUGACAAAAGCCUGUGCAAGCAGGACAGCAUGCCUAUCCUCCCUAGCUGGAGACGGACACCCGAGCCGCGCAAGACAGGCACGCCACCUUGCCAGAGGCCGCAGGCCGUCGUUUGGGACACCGCUAUCUGAUGCAGACCAGCUGAAUGUGCUUGUGCUGUUAGACAAGAUGGUGGCUGCCUGCAUCACUUCCACAAGUUGUGGAGCCAGUCGGACAAUUUCAAUGUUAACUUGCUAUAAAGUCCCUUUCCGUGGGUUCUGAUUGCCAAUAUUGUUACCACUAUUAGUACUGAGUGAGGUGAGAAUUGCCAAAUGUCCUCCUGACUACUUGACACAUAGAGUUCUUAUUUUUGUCUCUCCAACUCACAGAAAGGAACCAGGCAGAGAAAGAGCUGCUCUGUGGGCGAGUACAGGUUUGGACUCAUCGUGAAAGUGUUUUUCCCAGAUGUCUCGGUGUCAAUAGAUUGUCGUCGUGGAUGCAAAUAAUCAUUGCCGAGGUGUAAAAGCUACCUACUGUAUGUUCGCAUAAUCUUUGUAAAAUCAUACUUUUUUUUUUUUUUCAAUUUUAUAGCAAUAUGCUCCCAGCGCCGGGGGGGCGACAUAACUCCUAGCCUAUAAACGUACAUAUCUUAAGACUUGAAUGAGUCAUAUUUACUACGUCAUUUUCUGCAUGUCACAAUAGACAUACAGUGCUGUACAAAUGUCGCUGUGCGUGUAUAAAGAUGUUGUGACACAUUUUAGGUACAAAAGGGUAGAUAAAGGUCCUCACUGAAGGUACGACUUAAAAGGACCGUGAGUGUUGAUCACCUCAAACAGAAUGCUGGAACAAUCUGCACAACACUUGGGAGAAAUCAAACCCUAACGUCCUGUAAAUAGUUAUGUACAGCUGAAUUGAAAAUGUAGCAAUUAUUUCCAUUUUCAUACUUGUACUCGAUACAUAUGAUGUAGCAUAAUACUGUACAAAAUUGUUUGUUUUUUCUAGGAGUAUUUUAUCUUCUGCUGCAGCCAGUGCCCGCGUUACUUAGAGUUCCGAAAAACCGUAAACUUCCUCGAAAGGAAAGGUACAGUCCAAACGUUUAUUUAUGCAAGAUUCCCUUUAAGAUCAGUUGUUUUUUUUCACAAUACUGUUUAUUUGUGGACAGAUUUGAACAGCUUGUCGUCUCGUUGCUGCUAUCUUGAACUACUGAUGGUGUUCAUUCAACUGUACAUGUAGGUAACAAGGUUAAUAUUCUAGUGCUAAUUGUCACUUUUUUUCUUUUAACCUCUGAAAGCCACAUGCACUGGAGUUUGUACUUUUGAAGAGUAAGACCUACUAUAAAAAACAAAGGAAAAAAAAACAAAACACAAGUAUUAAGGCGCUUGAAUGUCUCUUGGUCGUUGUUGUUCUAUGAUAGAUAGCACCAAAAUGUACACACAGUGAGAAAAAGACCUACCUGAGUGUUGGAGAGUCACUGCUCGGCCUUUUUUGUUGGCGUUUCACCUGCGCAUGUUUUCUUGUUAUUUGACUAAUGGGCGGCCAUCUUUAAACAAACACAAGCCAGGUUGAAGGAAAUGGGCAAGUGCAAUGCAUGCAGAGACUCUUUACACUCAAAAAAAUAUCCUCAAUAUUGUGCCCCGUUUUAUUUCAAACACCAAUGAAUCACCUUACUAUGGCUCCUUUUCCAGCGACUGAUAACAAACCCUAUAGGGAUCGGUUCCAAAAAUAGUUUACAGAAGCUGUGGGUUUUGUGUGUCUACUAAAAACAGUGGCCGUUAUAUGAGUGCCAUAAUGUAUUGAUAUGGUAAGAUACGGUGUACCUUGGAAAUCACUGUAGUGCUCUAUUUGCAUUGAUAUUGUCAUUCAAAUAAAUUUUAUAUAUGAACUUUACAAAACAAACAGGAUUUUUUUUAACAUAUUUUGCAGUGUGUGUGUGCGUGCAUGUGUGUGUGUGUGUGUGUGUGUGUGUGUGUGUGUGUG